CCAUCGCUGUAUGAUGUCCACCUGCGUGCGCCUUGACCAUCAUGCCCAUCCCAUCCCAUCCCCAUCCCUCUCUCGACGCCUCCCUGUCGCUGCUACUCGACCCUCUUCUCAUAGGUUGCGUGCCUCUCAUGUCUGCGGCCUCCCACCUGUUCAAGUUGCCGACGCCCGAAUCCAGCCAUACUUCUUGUCUGUGUCUGCCGGCUAUUCGUCUCGUGGUGAUGACACUGCCGCUCCCACGACCAAUACCUCAUCUGCCACUACCAUUUCUUCAGUACAUCACUAUUUCGUGGCUCGCUUGACGCUGCUGCUGAUGAUAUCAACGCCGUUGCUCGUUUGCAUCCAGCCUGCUGCACGCGACGACUCCUGUCGACCCCGGUAAUGUCCAGUGCGGAUUAUGAAGAACGUGGGGGAACUGCAGCUUCUCGCACAACCUCCGCUGUCCACUCCGACGCCGUCCACUUCUCUUUUUCUACCGCUCAUCCUUCCUCCAGCUUCGACGACACCGAUUCCUCGACCUGGUCCAGCAUAGGCGGAGCUCUGACGGGAAAUACAUCUGCCAACCUCUCGCCGACAAAUUUACCUUCUGCAGCUCCAGCUGGUAUUAAUCCCUCACAAUUGUCCAAAUUCACAAGUUCCAAUCUGGAUCUCGCCAACUCCCAACCCUUUAGUCGCGGCGACGAGUCGUUGCUCCGGGACACUGUCUUCCCGGACUGGAAGAACGAUGCGCAGAGUCCCGACUCAGAGUCUCCUGAGGAGCUGCAAAAAAAGGAUCCUCUAGGCACUCAAAUAUGGAAGCUCUACAGCCGGACGAAGUCCAGGUUGCCCAACCAGGAGCGCAUGGAAAAUUUGACAUGGCGAAUGAUGGCUAUGAACCUUCGUCGCCGCGAGCAAAUGCAAGCAGCUGCAAAGCAGGCUCAACCGAAGACGAUCGCUCGAGUCUCCGCUCCCAGUGGCAUUGCUCAGCAACUACGGAAGUCGAUCGACAACUCGGCUGAACAACAUGCACAAGUCGAGCGAAAUGAAGCACCUGGGCCCCAUGCGCAUUACAUGGACCCCAUGAAUCUGGAUGACUUCAUCGUCCCGAGCUCAGUUGCUUCACCUGCCGGUAUCACUUCUCCAGCUCCCUCGGAAGCCGAAACUCAGGCUAGGUCCGCACAGCCUGCAGGAAUCCCAAUUGCUGCACGCAACAAGCCACAACUGCAGAUCCCCAAGGGGCUACCGCCUUCUUCUAUGCCCCAAACGUCUAUGCCCACACAUCGGUCUUCAGAAUUUGACUAUGUCCCAAAACGAGUGCGCAAAACCAGCAUAGACGAAAGAAGAGCUGGGAAUCGGAAACGUCCGGCGGAGUUCUCUCCUCAAGUACCACCUUUGAUUGCUCCCAGUGGUACCAACAAUUCGGACAUAGACAACCAUGUUCCUGACUAUACUCUGGACCAACACACAACACAGUUCACGGGCCCGGCUAGUUUCCAAGGCCAAAUGGCGUUGCAUCUCGACUCUGUCCACUUGAGCGAUGACCCUAUCCUCAACCAGGCCAGCUCUUUUCAACACAACUUGACCUUUUCCCCUGCAGAAUCGCCCAUGGUCACUAAUGGUCCUUUCUCACAUAUGUUUCCGCCAACCUCCAUGGCGUCCUCUCUGAACUCGACGGAUAUAUACUCUCCACCCCAAUCCGGCUAUCCUUCGACCGUCUCUACGCCUCAGCCUGGUCACGAAAAUGAACAUAUGCAAUUCUAUUUUGACCAGGGCAGUAGUCAUCCGCGGGCCAUGCCUUUCUACCCAUCGCAGAGGUCGAGUCGUCUAAUGACGCCAAUGUCCUCUCAAUUCGGCUUUGGAAGCAACAAUGAGCAUAUGUACGCUUCUAUGAACGGCGUUGGCUCAGCACCUGCAAUGAGCGGGUUCUCGAUGCAGCAGCACGUUGAUCCUUCCAGUGUCCUUGUUCCAGAUUAUGGCCGCUCUCCUGGAGUGUCUAUGGGCGGAAAUGACAACAUGUUCCAAUUUGGCGCAGAUUCAGAUCAAGAGGACGAUGAUGGCAACUUUGGCGACGGGGGUCUGCUGAUGCAGUCAGAUUACGGACAGAUGGGCGACCCAACAUUAGAUAUCAACUCCGGACUGCAGUGGGAUCCUAAUGUUAGUGAAUUCGGCAGCGUGCCGCGGUACAGUGGGGGAAAACAGGUUCGGAUUGGGGGCACUACUGAAAUGGUGAACUCACCACCGGACUGGGGCUCUUCAAUGCUCAGUCGAACUCAUGGCUCGGCCGCCUCGAUCAGUGACAUCCGAAACCGAGAUCAAGACCCGAGGAGACAAAAGAUCCCGAGGACGACGUCAACGCCCGCAUUGUCCAACCAUCACAUGCAGUCCACUACCAGCUCUCCUGGCGAAUCUGGUUUCAGCAGCCGACAACCAUCCCGGCCUGGCAGCCCUGGGCCCAAGAACGCCGACCAGAAUGGAGUUCCAACGACUUGUACCAAUUGUUUUACGCAAACUACACCGUUGUGGCGUCGUAACCCUGAGGGCCAACCUCUCUGUAAUGCAUGCGGGUUGUUCCUCAAGCUACAUGGUGUUGUGCGGCCGCUUUCUCUGAAGACCGAUGUCAUUAAAAAGCGGAAUCGUGGCAGCGGUAACGCAAUGCCCGUGGGUUCGGCGGCGACAAGGGCCGCUAAGAAGGCAUCUCGCAAGAACUCGGUGCAGCAAACACCAGCAACUACACCAACGUCGGGGAAUGCGGCAAGCGAUCAAGCUUCAGCAUCACCCGCCUCAGUGCAAGGAUCUGCUCAUUCGGGGUCUGCCGCCACGCCUCCCACUACGUACCCCGCGGGAACGACUGGAGGCAAACCUGGAGUGGUCCCAAUUGCUGCGGCACCACCCAAACCACCUGUAGCUCUGGGGGCCAACAUGGUCCGGCCUGUUCAAAUGACACCGAAACGACAACGGAGACAAUCGCGGGCCUCGACCACCAACUUACCUGCUGUGGCCGGAAGUGCACCAUCACCCAGUGAAUCUGAUAUGCAAGAUGGCAGCCAGUCGACACCAAAGUUGGCACCAGCGACUGUCACACGGGCCAAAGCGACCCCGCUGUCUACCUCAGCUGGAGUCACCACCAUGGCUUCUGUGAUGCAAGGUGGUUUGCUGAGUUCGAGCGCACAGGCUAUUCCUCCAGGUCCACAUGGCAACAGCCAAGAAUGGGAAUGGCUGACCAUGAGUUUGUGAUUGAUCCCUUCGGCGUGGAACUCUCAGGUCGAGACAGUUCACCCUGUCAUGUGCUUCAACUAUUCCUAUUCCCUUACCGUUCAAGCAAACGGCUUUCUUGGUUGUUUGGCGAGCCCGGCUCCGGUUCUACGAAUUGAUGACGAUGCAAUACACGAAUCUGGCAGCUUCGAAAUAGGCCACAUGCCUGAACCAGACGCCGAUGGCAAACGCAACAAUAGUCCUUGGCUAUUUCGAGCUGGUCAGCAUUUUACCAAUCUGAUGUGCGGAUUUAAUGGUGGGAUUUGUUCCUCUGCAAUACUGUGAUUUUUACAACGUGAUAUCACCGCGUCUGUUUCGAUGGCUCGGUUAUAGAGAGCGUCGGGCAGAAGUGCGCAUUUGUUUUUUGAUUGAUUUAUGAACAUUCGGGAGGCCGAUGGAUAGAAAGGAGAUGACACUUCAACGCACACAGUGAUGGAUGGUAUGAGGUCGCGGUAUGCAUAAAGAUACCGGGUCGCAGCUAUGAAGGGGUGGUCGCAUGAAGUCGGUAAUAUAUAGAAAUGCAGCAGUUACGGUUAGAGAUAUUGAAGCGAGAUAUCUGAUUGUUUAUAGAAGAGUCGGAGUUGCUUUCUUUUCAAGCUGUAAGAUACUACCUGGCACCCGAAUAAGGUGACGUGAUAUCGCCAGAGGGAUUUGAUCUCGGAGAUAAUCGGGACAGGCACGUGAUUUGUUCUCCGCAAUCAGAUUAGAUUCCCCGAAUUUCUCAGCUGAUAAACAUCG